AUGAUGGAUCAACGUCAAAACAUUUACCCCACGAAUAUCACCGACUUAUUAUACCAACAGAGUAUCACACGUUUGACGGCAUUAGGUGACGGCGAAGUAAAAUACAAUACCGACACAUACACCGACAAUGUUGAUAAUGCCGACGGAUCAUCUUCGCCGUCAACUAUCGAAGAUGCCGACAGCGAAUCGACGUUCGGUGUUGAUUUGUCGGGUAAAGGAACUAAUUUGGCGGGCAAAUCGUUUACGAUUGCCGCCAUUUUAGGUUUGAGUAAUGCUGAAGAGGAUGCAAUGAAUCUGAGUGUACAAGAACGUCUUCAUCAGAACCAGAGACAACUGCAGAACUAUUUGUACGCAGGACACGAUAUGCAGAGGUUGAAUGAUGGCUUCUGUAGAAGUAUGGUUGGAGUUCCACAGGCUUUGGCACAAGACAGUCCACGUCCUGAGUUGCGGCAACAAGUGGGACAGAUGAAGAGCUCCAGACCUCAUGCCAUCACCUGCUCAACUGGGAAUGGAAGAAGUAAGAGGAUAAGAACGAUCUUCACUCCGGAGCAGCUGGAAAGAUUAGAAGCGGAGUUCGAACGGCAGCAGUACAUGGUCGGCCCCGAGAGGUUGUACCUCGCACACGCUCUACAACUCACAGAAGCACAGGUCAAAGUGUGGUUCCAAAACAGACGUAUAAAAUGGCGUAAACAUCAUUUAGAAGUGACCCAACAGCGACUUGCCGUGUUGCAGCGACACAGGCCGGACGAACGCGACGACGACUGACUUCCCGCGUAAACAAGAUGGCUGACAGUGAAUAUUUAAGUGCAAU